ACAGCCGCCAUCUUGACGCGGCUCGGAAUCGGGAUUUCGGGGGGAGCAUUAUUUUUAAAAACCGAUUCGACCAGCCCAGACCGGACUCAAACGGCUUUUUCAUGCAGAAAAUCGAAGUAUUUAUUCCUUAGGAGAGAAUUAUUGCAAACGCUUGAGGAUUAGGUAGGUUUUUGUCGUCUCGAAAGCCCCCUGUAUAUUUGAUUUCCCUUUUAGAGAGCGCCGCUUCUCGCCGUAUCUCCGCUCCGAGCCGAUAUAUUUACCGGGAGACAGCGACGAGAAAAAUUAUCCGCUUCAUAGAAAAUAUUUGUUGAUUUUUGCUCUUUUUAUUUAAGCCAAAACUAGAUUUUAUGGCCGCUCGUUUCGACUACGAAAAAAAUGAUUAUGUACAGACGUGAAAUCGGCGAUCUACGGCGGAAGGGAUAUGUUUACGCUUUGUGUAAUAUUUUAUGAUUGAUUUUUAUUUAUUUUUCUCGAAUCGAAAUAAUUUUUGGACGUAAUUAUUCAGUAUAAUUAUGUGGGUGUUGGGUGUUGGAUUAUCAUGGGGUGAUCGUCGGUGGCGAUGCGUGGCGCUGUUGCCUUUCUUUUGAAGCUUUUCUCUCCAGGCAGCAUUUCGCUAGUCUGCCAAGCUAAACCGGUUAAAUUGCCCCUUUGCGUAGAGAAACGCUAUCAGCUAAUACGUGCCAGAAGCUGACAAGUUGGACGGAUCCUGUUUUGUUUUUCUGCAUCACCAUCCACUCAUAGUUGCCGACCACAAUGGCUGAUAAUCUGUUGGAUGUCGGACCCCCCAAUGCAAAGCGACCGAAGCUCAAUUCACCUGCUCUCUCCGCGUCAGAUGGUCCAGAUCUUGUGUCUCUGUUUGACCUGGAAAAGGACCUUCCAGAUGAGCUGAUCUCAAAUGGAGACUUGGGCCUAAUGGGAAUGUCCUCCGGUGGAGGUCCUGGAGGAGGAGGAGGGGGCGGACCGAGCCUAAACUCCAUGGUUCCUGAUGCAGCUGCCAAGCACAAGCAGCUGUCUGAGCUCCUGCGACCAGGCAGCUCCUCCAUAUUAGGAGGUGGCCUCAACUCUGCCAGCCCCCAGCAUGGGGGCAUGGUUGGAAGCCAGCUGGGUGCCGUGCUUGGCAAAAGCCCCCUGGGGCAGGGCUCACCCAACCACCCGUCUCCCCAGGCCCAGAAAGGAGGUGCUGCUACUGGACAAGGCAAUGGCAGCACGGGCAUGGGCUUCAAUCAGGCAAUGCUGAACAGUGGGCAAAGCCAUGGGGUCAUGGGCCAGCCAGGACAGGUGAUGAAUGGGGCUCUGGGUCCGGCAGGUCGGGGAAGACCUGGGCCUGGCAUGCAGUACCAGGGACAGGCCAUGCAAGGAGCGCAGGUGGGCACUGGACCUGGUGUUGCAGGAAGUGUGCUGGCAGAGACACUCACACAAGGAGGGCCGCAGAUGGGAGCACACAAUGCCAUGAACGCUCAGCAGGCUGGAAACAUGAAUAAGAUGGGGAUGUCUGGAGCUCCAUUUGGCCAGCAGUAUGGUCAGGCUGGGGUGCAGCAGAUGGGGGCAGCGGGGGUCAACACCCAACAGCUCCAGAACAAGACAGCGCUUCCCAACAGUCUGCCCCAAUUCCCCGCAGAGCUGAAGGGAGCUGGGAGUGUGCCAAACCUGUCCCAGAUGCAGCAGCAAGUAGCAUCGGUAGGCAUGGUCCCGGGUGCUGGUGGUGUUUCGACGGGCCCCACAGCCGACCCUGAGAAACGCAAGCUCAUCCAGCAGCAGCUGGUCCUGCUGCUCCACGCACACAAGUGCCAGCGGCGGGAGCAGGCCAACGGGGAGGUGAGGGCCUGUGCUCUGCCCCACUGCCGCACCAUGAAGAACGUCCUCAACCACAUGACCCACUGCCAGGCCGGCAAGUCCUGCCAGGUGGCUCACUGUGCAUCAUCCAGACAGAUAAUCUCCCACUGGAAGAACUGUACGCGGCACGACUGUCCCGUCUGUCUGCCUCUGAAGAAUGCCAGUGACAAGAGGAACCAGCACCCUAUGCUGAAUCCCCCUGGGCCUGGCCUGCAGAACGCCAUCAGCACAGUCGGGCCAGGCCAGUCCACCGCCCCAGCCAUCAACAGCGCUGCCACACACAUCGACCCAAGCUCCAUGCAGAGGGCCUAUGCUGCCCUGGGCCUGCCCUACGGGAAUCAGUCCCCUGCCCAGGGCCAGAACCAGGGCCAGGGUCCCACCCAGCAGAACACCCAGGGCCCCCAGCACCAGCAGCUGCGUAAUAUCAACCCGCUAGGCACAAAUCAAAUGAACCAGAUGGCAGGAGGUAUGGGUGUCCCAUCUUCAGACCAGGCUGGCAUGCACUCGGACUCCUCUCUACCUUCCACACUCAACAAUCAGCUGAUGCCAGAUGGGUCAGUGGCGGGAGGCAUGGGAAACCUGCCCACUGCCACCCCUCUCUCUGCCACAGGAGUAAGGAAGGCCUGGCACGAGCACGUCACUCAGGACCUGCGCACCCACCUGGUGCACAAACUAGUACAAGCCAUAUUCCCCACCCCAGACCCUGCAGCACUGAAGGACCGGAGAAUGGAGAACCUUGUGGCGUAUGCACGUAAAGUUGAGGGUGACAUGUAUGAGUCAGCUAACAGCAGGGAUGAGUACUACCACUUCCUUGCAGAAAAGAUCUAUAAGAUCCAGAAGGAACUGGAAGAGAAGAGACGCUCGCGGCUUCAGAAACAGCCUGGCAUGGUGGGCGCAGCGGGGCCUCAGCAGCCUGGUAUGGCCCAGCCCAACGCCAUGGGCCCAGGACAGGCUGUCCGACCUCCCAAUGGCCCUGUGCCUAUGCCCAAUGUGCCAAAUCAGAUCAUGAACCGUAUGCAGGUGUCUCAAGGAAUCAAUCAGUUUAACCCCAUGGCAAUGCAGAACGUGCAGAUGUCUCAGGCGCCCAUGGGAGCGCGUGCUGCCUCCCCCAUGAACCACCCACAGCAGAUGAACAUGAGCUCCGUCCCAGCAAUGGGCAUGUCCCCGUCAAGGAUGCCUCAGGCUCAAGGCAUGAUGGGUAGUCAUGCUAAUAACAUGGUGGCCCAGCCAGCCAACCAGGGCCAGUUCCUGCCACAGGGCCAGUUCCCUGCACCAGCAGGUGGAGCAAUGAAUGUGAAUGUAGGCCUGGGCCAGACCACAGCACAAGCUGCUGUCACACAGCAGCAGCAGCAGAACUCUAACCUCCCCCUGAAUGCACUGGGCUCCCUUGGCCCCCAGCUGCCCUGUGGGCCAGUAGCCCAGCCCACGCUCCGCGCCACCCCUCCACCCAACGCCUCCGCGAGUCUGCAGCCUCAGCAGCAGCUCCAGCAGCACCAUGCUCCCCCACAGGCCCAGGCUCCACCCCAGCCCUCCACUCCCGUCUCCACAGGCGGGCCCUCCACCACCCCAACCCAUGUACCCAGUGGCCUGCCCGGCCCUCCCUCAGCCCUAGGUACACCACCCGCCCCCACCCAGCCCCUCACGCCCCUGCAGCCCCAGCCUGACCCCCCAGGCCAGAUACAGCAGCCCAACUCAGUGCAGGCACAGCAUCCCAGCACACCGAUGUCCCAGGCAGCCGCUAGCAUAGACAACCGAGUCCCGACCCCAGGGUCUGUGGCCGAGGUCAGCUCCCAGCAGGCCCUGCCCGACAUGAAUGGCUCUGAGGCCAAACCUGAUCUGAAAGACGAGGAGGAGGACAGCAGCUCUGCAAAAAAGCAGACAGACUUAAAAAUGGAGCAGGACGAGGAAACCAAAUCCCCAAUGGUGAAGAAGGAAGAGCCAGACGGGGCAGAGCCAAAGCAAGAACCAAUGGAGACUGAGGAGAAGAAGCCGGAGAUGAAGGCAGAACCCAAAGAAGAGGAGGAGAGCGGGGCCGGGAGCACAGCGACCACUUCACCUGCGCAGAACCGCAAAAAAAUCUUCAAGCCAGAGGAGUUGAGACAGGCCCUGAUGCCAACUCUUGAGGCCCUCUACAAACAAGACCCAGAGUCACUGCCCUUCAGACAACCUGUAGACCCCAUGCUACUGGGCAUCCCUGACUACUUUGAUAUUGUGAAGAAUCCAAUUGAUCUAUCCACCAUCAAACGCAAGUUGGACACUGGGCAGUACCAGGAGCCUUGGCAGUAUGUGGAUGACGUGUGGCUCAUGUUCAACAAUGCCUGGUUGUACAACCGCAAGACGUCCCGUGUCUACAAGUACUGCACCAAAUUGGCAGAGGUGUUCGAGGCUGAGAUUGAUCCUGUCAUGCAGGGCCUGGGCUACUGCUGUGGCAGGAAGUAUGAGUUCUCACCCCAGACGCUGUGUUGCUAUGGCAAACAGUUGUGCACCAUCUCCAGGGACGGCACAUACUACAGCUACCAGAACAGUUCACCCAAAUAUGGCCUUAUUGCCGACAGGUAUCACUUCUGUGAGAAGUGCUUCAAUGAGAUCCAGGGCAACAGUGUGACCCUGGGGGACGACCCGGCACAGCCACAGACCAUGAUAUCAAAAGAGCAGUUUGAAAAGAAGAAAAAUGACAUGUUGGACCCUGAACCGUUUGUUGAAUGUAAAGAUUGUGGACGGAAGAUGCAUCAGAUCUGUGUGCUGCACUACGAUGUCAUUUGGCCGUCAGGCUUUAUCUGUGACAACUGUCUGAAGAAGUCUGGUAAAACAAGAAAGGAGAACAAGUUUUCAGCCAGAAGGUUACAGUCUACAAGGUUGGGAACGUAUAUUGAGGACCGAGUGAACAAGUACUUGAAAAGGCAGAACCACCCAGAAGCUGGUGAGGUGUUUGUGCGGGUGGUGGCCAGCUCUGACAAAACUGUGGAGGUCAAGCCUGGCAUGAAGUCUAGGUUUGUGGAUUCAGGUGAGAUGGUGGAGAGCUUCCCUUAUAGAACCAAAGCACUUUUUGCAUUUGAGGAGAUAGACGGAGUGGACGUUUGUUUCUUUGGCAUGCAUGUCCAGGAGUACGGCUCAGAGUGCCCCUUCCCAAACACCAGACGGGUUUACAUAUCAUACCUCGACAGUAUUCACUUCUUCAGACCCCGUAUGCUAAGGACUGCAGUCUACCAUGAGAUCUUAAUAGGCUACCUGGAGUAUGUCAAGAAAUUGGGGUAUGUGAUGGGUCACAUCUGGGCCUGCCCUCCCAGUGAAGGAGAUGACUACAUUUUCCACUGCCAUCCUCCUGACCAAAAGAUCCCCAAGCCCAAGAGGCUCCAAGAGUGGUACAGGAAGAUGCUGGACAAAGCCUUUGCUGAGAGGAUCAUACAUGAUUACAAGGACAUUUUCAAGCAAGCAACAGAGGAUAGGCUGACCAGUGCCUACGAGCUGCCGUACUUUGAGGGCGACUUUUGGCCCAACGUGCUGGAGGAGAGCAUCAAGGAGCUGGAGCAGGAGGAGGAGGAGAGGAAAAAAGAGGAGAAUACAGCCUCCUGCGAGACCCCAGAGGGAGCCCACGCUGACAGCAAGAACGCCAAGAAGAAGAACAACAAGAAGACCAACAAAAACAAGAGCAGCAUCAGCCGAGCCAAUAAGAAGAAGCCUGGGAUGCCGAAUGUAGCCAAUGAUCUGUCCCAGAAGCUCUAUGCCACGAUGGAGAAGCAUAAGGAGGUGUUUUUUGUUAUACACCUCCAUGCCGGGCCAGUAAUUAACACCCUGCCACCCAUCAUGGACCCCGACCCUCUGCUGACAUGUGACCUGAUGGAUGGCCGAGACGCCUUUCUGACUUUGGCCAGGGACAAACAUUGGGAGUUCAGCUCUCUAAGGAGAUGUAAGUGGAGCACCAUGUGCAUGUUGGUGGAGCUGCACAACCAGGGCCAGGACCGCUUCGUCUACACCUGCAAUGAGUGCAAGCACCAUGUGGAAACACGCUGGCACUGUACUGUCUGUGAGGACUUUGACCUAUGCAUCAACUGCUAUAACACUAAGGGCCAUGAGCACCAGAUGGUGAAGUGGGGCCUGGGUUUGGACGACGACAACAACAGUCAGAGUGCAGAGGCCUCCAAGAGUCCUCAGGAGAGCCGACGUCUCAGUAUCCAGCGCUGCAUCCAGUCCUUGGUCCAUGCUUGCCAGUGCCGCAACGCCAACUGCUCCCUGCCAUCGUGCCAGAAGAUGAAGAGGGUGGUACAGCACACCAAGGGCUGCAAGCGCAAGACCAAUGGUGGCUGCCCUGUGUGCAAGCAGCUCAUUGCAUUAUGUUGCUAUCAUGCCAAGCACUGUCAGGAGAACAAGUGUCCUGUUCCUUUCUGUCUGAACAUCAAGCACAAACUCCGCCAACAGCAGCUGCAACACAGGCUCCAGCAAGCUCAAAUGAUGCGGCGCAGAAUGGCCACCAUGGCAGGAAGGGGUAUGCCCCUGCCAUCUCCACCUACCUCAGCUGCCCCCGGCACCCCAAACUCAGGGCAGCAGCCUAACACACCCCAAACCCCCCAGCCCAUGCCGAAUCAGCCCCAGCAGCAGCAGCCUCCAAACCCUGCCACCAUUGCCCAAGGCUUCCCCAACAAUGGCCGCAGCAGCCAACCCCCAACACCGGUCCCACAGGGCAAACCAGGGCCUCAGUCAUCCCCUCUCCAUCAGCAGCAGUCGCCCCUGCCCAAUAUGCCACCCCAACCGCAGCCUCAGCAACAGCCCCCACAGCAGCAGCCACAGCAGCCGCUGCUGGCAGCCCUGAAGGUGGCCAGGCAAAUUGAGAUGGUAGCCAAGGCCAAGCAGCAGCAGCAGCAACAGCAGCAACAAAAUUAUGCCAUGAAUGGAGUGCCCAUUAACCAUCCCCGAAUGGUGGGGCCCAUGCCAGGCCAGAUGCAAAUGAUGCAGGGGCCACGGGGCCCCCAAGUGAUGCAACCCAUGCAGCAGGGUCAGUGGGGUCCAGGGAUGCAGAAUCCCAUGCAGAACCCUCAGGGCCCACAGCCGCAGGUGCCACCCCCGCAGGGCCCCAUGGCCCCUCAGCAGGCUCAGGGAACUCCCAUGGCCCAGCCGGGCCAGCUCAUGCCGAGGCCCAUGAUGCCCCAGCAACAGGGCCUCCCUAUGACGGGCGUCAUGCCUCCCCAGGGCCCCCCACAGCAGGGUGUGACACCCCAGCAGCAGGGCAUGCCCCGGAUGCCUGGCAACAUUGCUCCCAGUGCCGUGCAGGACCUACUCCGCACACUUAAAUCUCCAAGCUCCCCCCAGCAGCAACAGCAGGUCCUCAACAUUCUCAAGUCCAACCCCCACCUCAUGGCUGCCUUCAUUAAACAGAGGACAGCCAAGUACCAGGCCAACCAGCCGCAGCAGCAGCAAGCCCCGCAGCAGCAGAACCCUCAGGCCAUGCUGGGCGCUCAGGCAGGAAUGCAGGCCAUGGCAGCCAUGCAGGCAGGUCAGGUGCAGAGGCCGGGCAUGCCGCCUCAACAACAGCCUCCUCAGCAGCCUCCUCAGCAAGCAGGGCCCCAGGGCAUGGCCCCUAUGGGCCCCCAGGGACAGAUGAUGGCCGCCGCUCACAACGGCAACCCCCAACUCUACCGCAGGCAGUUGCUCCGGAUGCAGCAGAUGCAGCAGCAGCAGGCGCAGCAGCAGGGGGGUAUGCCUCAGGGCCACGGGCAGUUUCCCCAGCAGCAGCAGGGGCCAGCUAGCUACUCCCAGCUCCGAAUGCAGCAGCAAAUGGCUAUGCAAGGAGGUGGGGGGCCUAUGGGCCAACUCCCUCCCAUGUCCCAAAUGGGCCAACCUGGCAUGGGCAUGGAUGGACCCCAGAACCUCCUCCAACAGCGCAUGCUUCAGCAGCAGCAGCAGCAACAGCAGCAGAUGUUGAAGCAGCAGAUGGGUUCUCCAGCCCAGGCCAACUCAAUGAGCCCACAACCCCACAUGCUCCAAGGUCAGCCCCAGGGAGGAGCUCACUUACCUGGCCAGGCUAUGGGUAAUGCCCUGGGAAACCAAGUACGCUCCCCAGCCCCUGUGCAAUCUCCCUGUCCGCCUUCGCAGCAGCCCCCUCAUUCCAGUCCUUCCCCACGGAUACAGCCCCAGCCGUCUCCCCAGCAUGGAGCCCUCCACUCCAGCUCCCCACACCCCAGCCUGGGAGGUCCCAUGCCAGGCUCCAUGGAGCAGGGACACAUGGGUACGCCGGAGCAGAGUGCCAUGCUCCCGCAGCUGAACACACCAAACCGAGGGGGCUUAAGCAAUGACAUGAGCAUGGUGGGUGACACCACGGGAGACACGUUAGAGAAGUUUGUUGAAGGAUUGUAGCAUUUCAUGAUAGAAAAGAAAGACCUUGUUCUGUGUUUUCAGCUGAGACAUUUUUGUACUUACUGAUGUAAAAAAUUAAAAGAAAUACAAAGAAAUGAGUCAUAUGAAAAUAGGCCUACGGACUGAACGUUUCCUUAAACCAAGGGACUGCUUUUUCUUCCAACACAUGGAGGAAUUUGAAUAAUUGCUGUUUAAAAAAAAAAAAAAAAGAAAGAAAAAAAAAAGACAAAUAAGACACAAAGAAUAUAUUUUUGGUUCAGACCAGCCAUGAAAGAAUUUUGUCCUGGUCUUUGUGUUGUUUAAAUUUGUUUUUCAUUUGUUAUGCUCUGGUAUUCACUUUUUUAAUGAAACUUCUCAAAACAAAAAAUAUUUCAUUUUAUUAUUAAUUUUUUUUUUUUUUUAUUUUGUACCGUUGCAAAAUUAAUAUUGUUUUUUGUGUUGAGAAGACUGUAAAAUAAUUUGUCUGGGAAUUUUUUUGCCAGGUUUCAUCUCUUGCUCUGUUUCGCUGUUCCUGGCUAAUUUAUUCUAAUAUACCAUUUUUCAGAAGGACAUGCCUUUGAGAAAGACUACAUUUCUUUCCUGUUUGCAGAGUCUAUGGGAGAUUAACAUAUUUGUAUAGAACUAGGAGUUAUUGCACACACCCAAACACAACAUGCAGGUGUGGAGGAACCUGCACUGAUGCUUGUCCAUUCACAGGUGCCGGAAUGUUCAUUUUACUGGCUUUGGACCAGUGUUUGUCUUGCAGAUGUUUAAAAAAAAAAUGCUUUGUUUCUCCUUCAUUCUAAAGAAAUUCUCAUGAAAUCCUGAACCUCUUUUGCCUGUGGUGGGAAAUACUUGUUAGACUGCUGAUUUGUGUUUAGAGAGAGUUCUGUGCAUCCUUUUUUCUUGCAUUAAACUUGAAUUGAUGAGCUGUUCUCUAAGGUAAAUCAUGCAGCUAGACAGUACUGUAAAUAUGCAGAAAAUAAGAAUGAGAUCACUGUAAAAACUGGUUAAAAUGGCUCAUUUCGUACUUAUAUACCAUAUUGUUAAAUAAACCUGUGUGCCACAGA